AUGGGAGAUAGGCGUACACCAGAUGCCGCUGCUGCUGCUGCUCCUGCUGCUGCUGCUGAUGGGGCUGGUGCUGCAGCAGCAGCAGCAGCAGCAGCAACUGAUGCAGCAGCAACAGCAGCAACACCACCAGUUGAUGGCAGUACUACACCACCACCAGCAGCAGCAACAACCCCACCAGCAGCAGCAGCACCAGGAGCAGCAGCAGCAACAACCCCAGCAGCAGCAGCAACAACCCCAGCAGCAGCAGCAACAACCCCAGCAGCAGCAGCAGCAGCAGGAGCAGCAAUAGGUAGACCAUGGCAGCAGCAGCAGCAGCAGCAGCAGCAGCAGCAGCAGCAGCAGCAGCAGCAGAAGCAGCAACUGAUGCAGCAGCAGCAGCAGCAACACCACCAGUUGAUGGCAGUACUGCACCACCACCAGCAGCAGCAGCAACAACCCCACCAACAGCAGCAGCAACAACCCCACCACCAGCAGCAGCAGCAGCAGCAGCAACAGCAGCAGCAGCAGCAGCAGCAAUAG